AUGUACGCGUUCACCGGACUCCUGCUAGUCCUAGCCCUGACGUACGGCAGAGCGGGGUCAACGACUUUGGUCGACGUCGACUCCGAGAGCGACGAUGAGAACAGCGUCCUGGAUUACGUCACCAAUGCGACGCUCAACGGAGGCAAUGUCACGGAGGAGAUGCUCCUCGAAGCCCACCGGGAAUUCGAAGGGCAUUUUCAGUACGUCAUGAACAGCAUCCUCAAGCAGGCGGUGGUGUAUUUGGUGCAAGGAUCGGGAGAAACGGAUGUGUCGCCGUCCUGUAUGGCUAGUGUCUUUCGAACCGUCUUUGGAUUGAAGAACAUGGAGAGCUGGGCCUAUAAGCUGUUCGACGCCAUGGGACGUCCGUCUUCCGGAACGCUACGAGGCACUGUGGUUGACUUUGGCGCGUACGACGAAUGCCUGGCCAUCCGGGUUCGCACGCGGUCUGGCAACGACGAGGCCUUCAGAGGUCAAUACUGCACGGCCGAACUUGCGAUGGAUCUGCCGCCUGUACCCAAUGAUGAGAUCCUGCAAAAAUACCCGGACCUUUUCAUGAAGGAAGGUAUGACUGGACACGUUGCAGACCUUCUUCAGUCGUUUCCGGUCCUCACAAUGCGCGCAGCCCUCUGUGUGCCUUCUGAAUGUUCCCUCAAGGACAUCACAAAAGUCGUCACGCAAGCUACCAAGCAACUAGGCAUGGUACCCAAGUUUGUGCAUUGCGAGACCCAGGAAGGAGUGAAAGUCGACACGGUACAGCUGACUAUUCUAUCGCUGUUUGCAGUCAUGACGUGCUUGGUGGCGGCUGGAACAGCACUGGAAGCUUUUCGCUCCUCUUUCUACACUGAAUCCAAAGCUUCACAGGCAGGUCACUUGACAAACUUCAUGCUGUGCUUUUCCCUUGGGCAAAACGGUCGACGCUUACUGCCCAAGGAAGGCACCGAAUCUGACCGCUUCUCGUGCCUGCACGGCAUCUCGACGUUGUCAAUCUUCUGGAUUAUCUUCAGUCACACGUACAGCCUGUACGAGAUGACUGCCUUCCGUAAGUCAAUGUUCACUUUGCUACGACCUGCCAAACGACCUGCCCGGUUCGUGUUUGAAUCCGUAAAGAGGUUCUCGUCCCAAGGUGUUUCCAACUACACUGUUGCAGCAGAAACUUUCUUUCUAAUUACAUUCCUACCUGCAACCAUGGCUACAGUUGGAGUGUUCUACCUUUUCCCCUUCUUCACCUCUGGACCAAUAUUCCAAGAAAAGUUCGACGUGGAAAAACAGAGGUGCGACAGGCACUGGUGGACGAUCCUCGCGCAGUGGAACAACUUUCUUCAGUAUGAGGAUGCGUGCCUGCAGUACACGUGGUACUUCAACGCAGAUUUCCAGAUCUACGCACUGCUUGUGCCUCUCGUUAUGCUCUUAGCGAGCAAACCAUUACUCGCCAGCUGGAUCGGUCUCGUCAUAUGGGUAGCAUCCAUCGCAGCCGUUGGAAUGCAGACUUACCUUGGGUUCUACACACCAACUCUGCUCUUGGACACUCGAAUUGUACCUGAAAUCUACCGAACAUUCGGUAAUAUUGUGGUACGACCAUACACUCAUGUGGGUCCUGCCAUUAUGGGUGUCACCAUCUGGUGCUGCCUGGACAAGUUAGAAGGCCUCAAAAUGAAAAAGGUUCUUCAGGUCUUGGGCUGGCUUGUUGCCAUAACCAGUCACUUUGCCAUCAUGUACGGCACGUACGGCUGGCUCGGUGGGAAACUUCCCAGCCGCACUGUGUCUGCUGUAUAUGCUGCAUUACUUCGCUCGGGCUGGUCGCUAGGAGUCGGCUGGCUUGUCUUGGUCUGUGUCUCUGGCCACGGAGGCAUUGUAAGCGACGUCCUGUCCUGGAAAGCGUUCGUACCGUUCAGCAAGCUGGCCGCCUCUACGUAUCUCAUGCAUGUCCUUGCACUGUCCUUCCGCUCCUGGAGUAUUCGGGAGAGGAUCUUCGGCCAUCACUUCGUCUUCACGACAGAAUUCGCAGCCAACGUUGUCGUCUGCUUCACUUUGGGCCUGGUCCUUCACCUCCUGGUGGAGGCACCGUUAACCAACCUCGCAAAGAAGGCGUUCAAUUUCGUCAUCAAUCAAACGAACGAGGAAAAACAAAAUGAAAGCACGGCCACGUAG